AUGGCGCACAUGUACGAUGUUGGUACUCGGGCGUGGCAGCCAGACGUCGAGGAGGGUUGGAUCGCCUCGGAGGUGGAGCAGAAGCUGGUGAACGGGGAGAAGGUCAAGCUGGUUUUUCGGCUGGAGAACGGAGAGGAGAAGGUUAUCGAGACAACGCUGGCGACCCUGCAAGACGACAAAGCCUCGACGCUUCCUCCGCUCAUGAACCCCACCGUGCUCGAAGCCAGCGAUGACCUUACGAAUCUCUCACAUCUCAACGAGCCCGCCGUGCUGCAAGCGAUCAAGCUGCGGUACUCCCAGAAGGAGAUAUACACAUACAGCGGGAUAGUCCUGAUAGCAACAAAUCCCUUCGCAAGGGUUGACUCGCUCUACGUGCCGGGCAUGGUCCAGGUAUACGCUGGCAAGCAGAGGUCAUCGCAAGCGCCGCAUCUGUUCGCCAUCGCCGAGGAGGCAUUUACGGACAUGCUUCGCGACAGCCGGAACCAGACCAUCGUAGUCUCUGGCGAGUCCGGAGCAGGCAAGACGGUCAGCGCCAAAUAUAUUAUGCGAUACUUUGCGACUCGAGAAUCGCCCGACCAGCCAAGCAAACGAGCGAAAGGCAGGGGAGACGCCAUGAGCGAGACGGAAGAGCAGAUCUUGGCAACGAACCCCAUUAUGGAAGCUUUCGGUAACGCGAAGACAACCCGCAACGACAACUCCUCGCGGUUCGGAAAAUACAUUGAGAUCAUGUUUAACAAGAAGACCGACAUCAUUGGUGCAAAGAUACGGACAUAUCUGCUGGAGCGGUCAAGAUUGGUAUUCCAGCCGUUAAAGGAGAGAAAUUACCAUAUCUUUUAUCAGCUGGUAGCGGGAGCGACGGAUGCGGAGCGGGAAGAGUUCAGCCUACUUCCAGCUGAUCAGUUCGACUAUCUGAAUCAGGGCAGUUCACCGGUCAUCGAUGGCGUAGACGACAAGGCGGAGUUCGACGCUACGAAGAGCUCGCUCACGACGAUUGGUGUGAGCCAGGAGAGGCAAUAUCAGAUCUUCCGCGUGUUGGCGGCGCUGCUGCACAUUGGUAAUAUCAAGAUCACCGCUUCUCGAACGGAAUCAUCCUUGUCAUCAGAGGAGCCUGCGCUUGUAAAGGCAUGCCAGCUGCUGGGGAUUAACCCGUCGAACUUCGCCAAAUGGACAGUAAAGAAGCAGCUUAUCACCCGAGGCGAGAAGAUCAUGUCGAACCUCACUCAGCAGCAGGCCGUGGUAGUCCGAGACUCAGUAGCCAAGUUCAUCUACUCCAGCCUCUUCGACUGGCUGGUAGAGAUUAUCAACCACGGUCUAGCCACCGAGGAAGUUCUCAGCCAUGCGACCUCGUUCAUAGGUGUCCUGGAUAUCUACGGCUUCGAGCACUUUGCGAAGAACUCCUUCGAACAAUUCUGCAUCAACUACGCGAACGAGAAGCUCCAGCAGGAAUUCAACCAGCACGUCUUCAAGCUUGAGCAGGAGGAGUAUCUGCGGGAACAGAUCGACUGGACCUUCAUUGACUUCUCGGAUAAUCAGCCCUGUAUAGACCUGAUCGAAGGGAAGCUCGGUAUACUGUCUCUGCUUGAUGAGGAGUCGCGGCUGCCAAUGGGCUCAGACGAGCAGUUCGUAACAAAACUUCACCACAACUUCGCCGCAGACAAGCAAAAGUUCUACAAGAAGCCCAGAUUUGGCAAGUCUGCAUUCACCGUUUGCCAUUACGCCAUAGAUGUCACCUACGAGUCGGACGGGUUCAUCGAGAAGAACAGGGACACUGUACCGGACGAGCACAUGGACGUUCUUAGGGCAUCCUCAAACAGAUUCCUCGGCGAGAUUCUAGAAUCAGCGGCUGCAAUUCGAGAGAAGGAAGCAGCAGCAACGGCCUCAAAAUCUGGAGCUCCUGCCAGCCGCAGGGCAGUCGCUGUGAACAGAAAACCUACGCUCGGAGGCAUCUUCAAAUCCUCGCUGAUCGACCUCAUGAACACAAUCAACUCGACCGAUGUGCAUUACAUCCGCUGUAUCAAGCCCAACGAAGGCAAAGAAGCUUGGAAGUUCGAAGGGCCAAUGGUACUGAGUCAGCUCCGAGCUUGCGGUGUUCUCGAGACGGUGCGGAUCAGUUGCGCGGGUUACCCUACUCGGUGGACCUACGAGGAGUUCGCGAUGCGGUAUUACAUGCUUGUGCCGUCGUUGUCCUGGACGCCGGAGAUCAGGCAGAUGGCAAAUGCAAUUCUGAAGAAAGCGCUUGGCCCAGCCAGGAAUGAUGGGACGGACAAGUACCAACUUGGCCUCACCAAGAUCUUCUUCCGGGCGGGCAUGCUUGCAUUCCUGGAAAAUCUGAGGACGUCGCGGCUCAAUGAUGCUGCGGUCAUGAUUCAGAAAAACCUACGGUGCAAAUACUACCGACGCAAGUAUCUGGAGGCGCGCGAAUCGAUCAUUGCCCUGCAGUCUCUUGCAAGAGGAUACCUGGCGAGAUCUCGCGCGGAAGAUGCGCGCCGGGUCAAGGCUGCAACAACCAUUGCAAGAUUAUACCGAGGUCACAGAGAGCGGCAGAAGUACAAGGCCGUCCGCGACAAUAUCAUCCUCUUCCAGUCCACAGCGAAAGGUAUCUUGUGCCGGAAACACCUCUUGGAUACAAGGCUCGGCAAUGCGGCAAGACUUAUACAGCGCAACUGGCGGCAAAGAAAAGCCCUCAGAGCGUGGCGGCAAUACCGCAACAAUGUGGUCAUUGUCCAAAACCUGUGGAGAGGCAAGAAGGCUCGACGGUCGUACAAGACCUUGCGGGAGGAGGCUCGCGAUCUCAAGCAAAUAUCGUACAAACUGGAGAACAAGGUUGUGGAGCUCACGCAAUCAUUUGGUACGAUGAAGAACGAGAACAAGGUACUACGUGCGCAGGUGGAGAGCUACGAGAGCCAGGUCAAGUCCUGGAAGAACCGGACCAACGUUCUCGAGACGCGGACGAAGGAGCUACAGGCAGAAGCAAACCAAGCCGGCAUCAAUGCCGCACGCCUCAGUGCCUUGGAAGAAGACUUCAGCAAGCUUCAGCGCAACUACGACGAAAGCACAGCGAACAUGCGACGCCUCCAGGAUGAGGAGAAAACGCUACGUGAAUCCUUGCGACGAACAGCCGAGGAGCUCGAGCAAUCCAAGCGGCGGAGCGUCCACUCUGAAAACGAGAAGAUUUCGUUACGGCAACAACUCGCUGAUUUGCAGGAUCAGUUGGAAAUUGCUAAGCGUGCAGGACCGGUGAAUGGCGAGAUGACAAACGGUGUUUCACACGCGCCGGUGCCUGGUCUGAUCAACCUCGUCUCCUCGAAGAAGCCUAAGCGACGAAGUGCUGGCCCCGAACGUAUGGAUAUGAAUCGCUUUAGCGACGCGUAUAGCCCGAGGCCAGUCUCAAUGGCCGUGACUGGGACAAGCGCGCAUCGGCAGAACCUCUCCGGCUCGACAUUCAGUCCUGGUCUUGACAAUGUGGAGCUCGAGCUUGAGAACCUGCUAUCUGACGAAGAGAGCCUCAACGACGAAGUCACGAUAGGUCUCAUCCGAAACCUCAAGAUACCCACGCCUGGCUCAUCACCGCCUCCAACAGACAAGGAGGUCCUAUUCCCUGCCUACCUGAUAAAUCUGGUCACUUCGGAGAUGUGGAACAACGGUUUCGUAAAAGAGUCCGAGCGGUUCCUGGCGAAUGUCAUGCAGUCUAUCCAGCAAGAAGUCAUGCAGCACGACGGCGACGAAGCGAUCAACCCUGGCGCGUUCUGGCUUUCAAACGUUCAUGAGAUGCUCUCUUUCGUCUUCCUAGCCGAGGACUGGUACGAGCAGCAGAAGACCGACAAUUAUGAGUACGACCGCCUGCUGGAAAUCGUCAAACAUGAUCUGGAGAGCCUGGAGUUCAACAUCUAUCACACCUGGAUGAAGGUGCUCAAAAAGAAACUGCAGAAGAUGAUCGUGCCAGCGAUUAUCGAAUCACAGUCUCUGCCCGGCUUCGUCACGAAUGAGAGCAACAGAUUCCUUGGGAAGCUGUUGCAGUCGAAUAACACUCCGGCUUUCAGCAUGGAUAACCUGCUCAGCUUGCUUAAUAACGUCUACAAAGCAAUGAAGACGUACUACCUCGAGGACUCUAUUAUUACGCAGACGGUUACUGAGCUGCUCCGACUUGUUGGUGUCACGGCUUUCAAUGAUCUUCUGAUGCGGCGGAACUUCCUGUCCUGGAAGCGCGGUCUGCAGAUCAACUACAACAUCACCAGGAUCGAGGAAUGGUGCAAGAGCCACGAUAUGCCAGAAGGGACGCUCCAGCUCGAGCACCUGAUGCAAGCCACGAAGCUACUGCAGCUCAAGAAAGCAACGCUGAACGACAUCGAGAUCAUCCAAGAUAUUUGCUGGAUGCUCUCGCCCAACCAGAUCCAAAAGCUGCUGAACCAAUAUCUCGUCGCAGACUACGAGCAGCCUAUCAACGGCGAGAUCAUGAAAGCAGUCGCCUCGCGCGUGACAGAGAAAAGCGACGUGCUCCUCCUAACCGCCGUCGACAUGGAAGAUAGCGGGCCCUACGAGAUCGCCGAGCCGCGCGUCAUCACGGCAUUGGAGACGUACACGCCUUCUUGGCUACAAACGCCUCGCCUGAAGCGGCUGGCGGAAAUCGUCUCCGCGCAAGCAAUAGCGCAGCAGGAAAAACUGGAGUUCGACCAUCCGAACGGCAACGGUGAGGUCCGAGGGCUUGCGAUUAGAGACGUCGAUGGUGUCUAG